UUUGCCCAAGCAUCGGCAAGAAUUGAUUUUUUUCUCUCUCGGAUGAUGUUACCUGAUAUUCUAGAGCAGAAUAGGCCUAAUUGUUAAUUAAUUAUACGGAUUGGAAAAAAAUGGAUAAAAGGGAGGGCGAGGUUUGAAAGACACCCAGACGGUUGAGUGAAGGAUUGUUGACAACAUAUCUCAGGUAUUCUGGCUGCAGAGGUUAUCCUAUACCUGCAAACUUCAAUUUAGAGGCAUACGAAGAAUGGCUCCGCCAUUUUGUUUCUACUUGGUCGCGGCGUUGAUGGCGCUGUCCAUGUCAUCUCCGCCGACGGUGAGGGCGUCAUCGUCCACCCGGCGCUACUACUCCUGCACCGAUCUCGCCGGGGCCAAGUUGCAGGUCAAGCUAGAGGUACUACGCGCGAACGAGGAGGCGAUCGUGUCCCUGUCCAACGAGUACCUCAACACCUCCCUGCCCGACAGCCCCUGGGACCUGCGACUGCUGAGGGCCUUCAAGCGGCUGAAGCAGAGGCGAAACAGACACGACGAUAUCGGGGCCCUGGUGGCAAACAUCACGGUGGACCUCAACGAGCAGACUCAGACACUCGUGCAAGCCUGCAAUGGCAAUGGGCUACUACUUAAUGGAAGCCUCUGAUGCUAAGGGGACAAAGCAGAAUAAGGAAAUAGGACCACACCGAUCGAACUUGACAACUGUGGAGAAACUAAACAUGUUUUAGAAAAUAAUAGAAAUCUCCCCCCCCCCCCUUAUUUUCUCGUGCCCACUUAAACAAGGGAUAUCUGGGGCCAAUUUUAUGGAUCCGCUCAGUAGCACAGAACUUGCUUAGCAAACUGCCGGUUACCAGCCAAAAUUGCAUGCGAUGUAAUAUUGCUUUAAACUGGUGCACAGCUGGUGCAUGCUUAACACACACAAAAAGGCUAAGCAAUUAUUUAACAGCUGAAUGAAAUUUGACCCUGGUGUAGUACAUGUACCGCCAAAUUUGAGCGAGCCGGGAAACGCAAAGCAUUGUGGGUAAUAACCUCCUAGGAUUGCACCAGGAUUGUUUUCAGGUUACAGUUACCAAACUUACAUGGUUUCAAAUGCAUUUCAGGUUACCAAUGGAUGAGGCAUUCAGUAUGAACGAACUAUGUCUUUACAAAUCAUUCGGCUCAAUUUCUUGGCAUUGCGCCAGCUCGAUCGGAGAAACAAAACGUGCUCACAUUUCAAGUUGUAACCCGAAAAUAUUGCGCAAGCGCUGAUCUUGUUCACACUUCUCUCGAUAACCCACGCAGAUAAUAAUCAAGCAAACUUUCCCAACAUAAAUUAGGAAACUUUAUUUGCUGGAGUCCCGACGUAAGUUCGCUUGAGUUCGAAGUUUUGUCGACGCCGGCGUUCCGCAAGUUUUUGAUGACAUUGGUGGUUUUCAGCAUGAUUGCUCAACCUGGUUUUGAUUAAAGAUAAAAAAAAAAAAAGUGUUAACCGAACCCUGGUGAAUUUCUGGGUAGCUUCUCUAAAUUCACUUAAUAAAAAAUGCUUUUGUAAAUGUGUAGACUUAUACUUACAAAGUUAGAAAGAGUUAACGAUAUACUAGUAUAAUAAAACAUUAGAAGCAUGAUCCAUGUAGUUUCACAGACUGUGUAAUUUUGUGCGGAGUCUAUUGUGUGUGAAUAGUAACAAU